UAAUCCCCAUUUUAGGUAUUAUGAGAAAGUAUUUCCCACAAUACCGUCCAUGUAGGAUGAGUUUUUAAUUAUUCUUUUUUAAUAUAACCGCCAUAUGAAAUGGCGGUUUUGUUUAGGAAUCUGAACAAAAUCGCUAGGUGAAAUGGCUAUUUAGAUGAAUUUUAGUUUAUUUUUAAAAAAAAAUUAAUUUGAAGCAAACCGCCACUUGAAGUGGCGGUUUUAUACCUGUACAAAACGCCAGUUUCUGUUCUUUUCACUUCAUUUCAUUUGCUUCGUUUUCAAGUGGCUGCCGGUUGUUAUUUAAAAAAAAAUUCUUCAAUCCUCAUUUACUUCAUAUUCACAAUUCCUCUCAUUCAACUAAAUUAAUCAACUACAUUCUCAUCUUCUCCUUCUUUACUUGUUCAUUUUCAUCAUCAUUUAUGGUAUUAAUGUAAACCCUAAUUUAUUUCAAUUUGCAAAUUGAAUAUUUUGUUGAUUAUUGUUGUCAUUUGAAGUUAUAAAUACAUUGAUUGUUUGUUACAUUCUCUUGAUUUCAUGAUUUAAGCUUACGUUUUACACAUUUGUAGUUGAAUUUUAUGAUUUGGUUUGUAUGCAUAUAAAGUGUUUGAUGAAAUGCUUCAAUGAAAGUUUAUUACUUUGUUGGGUUAGUUUAAUAGUUUUAGUAUAUAUUCAUGGUAUUUUUAGCUGUAUAUUUGAAUUGAAAGUUCUAAUGAGUGUUCUAAUACCUUAAUAUGAGAAAAUCUUGUAUUCACAUUUACACUUCCCUUACUCAAUUGCUCUUUUUUUUCUUUUUUUUUUUUUUUUUUUUACUUAUUAUGCUUAAAGAGUUCUUCAAGAAAUAGUUCUCCAUUUUCGACACUUUAUUCUAGAAACAUUUCAUACCCAUUUCUAAAAAUCUACUCAAUUGCUCUCAAUUUUAUUCAAUGGAUUAGGGUUCUUCAACAAAAUUAGAAAUUCUCAUCAACAAUUCUUCAAGCUUUUUUCCCAAAUGGCAUAAUUCGCACAAGUAAUGCAUAAUUAGGGUUUGUCUGCUCUAAUGUAAGUCUUUUUCCUUUAUUGCAUAUGUUUUUGGUUGAUUUUGUAUUAAUCCUAUUAUUAUUUGCAUGUUUAGGCUAGUAGUUAUGAUUCAUUCACCUUGAAGUUUUGGUAUGGGGGUAAUUUCAAAAAGAAAGGGGUAGAUUUGAGUUAUGUGGGUGGGAAGUGUAAAACAUUGAAUAUUGACCCAGAUAUUAUUUCUUGGUUUGAUUUGGAGGAUUUAGCUGAGAAUAAUGUUGGUGUUAAGUAUGGUCAUGCUUUGUACUACUUGGUGCCUAACAACUCUACAUUUGAAGAAGGUUUACGUAGGAUGAGUGACGAUGCUUCCGUUAUGGAAAUGGCAUCAAUUGGAUCAAAAAUGAGGGAUGUUGUAGUGUACAUUGUGAACAAAGAUGAUGAUUUGGUCAUGGAGGUCAGUAAAAAGUUAGCUUCUUUAUUUAGGGGUAAAAUUGAAGGUGAAAAGAAAAAAUUAACACCUAGGAGGGCACAAAAGGAAAAGGGAAAAAGUGGUCCCUCAAACAAUCCAGAUCACACAAUUGAACAUACCCCUAGUUUAACCUCUGAAAAACAUAACCCUUAUAUAACCUCUCAAAACCAGAACCUCUCAAAAUGGGCAUUAGAAGAAGGUGAGGACAGGGAGGAUGAAGAAAAUGAUGAUCACAGUAAAGGUGAUGAUAGUGAGGAUGAAUCAUAUAAUGUGAGCAGUGAGCUUGAUGAUAGUGAGAGUGAGAGCUAUAUUGUCAGUGAAGAGGAAUUUGUAUCUGAAAAUGAGGUUGAUGGGCAAGCACUGAAUACUGUUAGAAAUAAUAAAGUUGUAGAUCCAUUGUCAGAUUAUGAGGGCAGUAAAGGUGAGUUGGGUCAAGUUACUAAGCACACAGAGUUUAAGAAAUUCAAAUGGUUUGUUGGGUUAAGCUUCCCUAACCCUUUAGCCUUUAGAGAUGCAUUGAAAAAUUAUGCACUUGUUUAAGGUAGAAAUGUUAAGAUAUGUGUUAGUGACAAAAAAAAGGCAACAAAGGCUUGGAGUUGUAUGUGUUAGUGGUUGUCCAUUUAAGCUAUAUGCUAGUUGGGAUAAAGGGUUAGCAGCAUACAUUGUGAAAUUAGUUACUCCACAGCAUACUUGUCAAAGAAAUAUGGAUGGUAAGACAGUUGAAGUCUUCAUGGGUUGCUGAGCAAAUGCUAUAUGUGUUCAAAUCUAGACCACAUGUGCCAUCUUCUGAGAUUAUUGAUAUGGUAAAACACAAUUACAGAGUAAUCAUUAACAAAGAUUUUGCUUAUAAAAUUAAAAAUUGUGUUCAUAGGAGACUUCAUGGGUCCGUGAAGCAACACUACAACAAGGUCAUGAGUUAUUUAAAGGCUUUGAGAAGAGCUAGUCCAGAGAGUUAUUUUUCUAUGGUCACUAUAUCAGAUUCAUCCACUGCUAUUUUUCAAAGGUUUUUUGUGUUAUUUAAAGGGUUAAAGGAUGGGUGGUUGAAAGGGUGUAGGAAAGUUUUAUGCAUAAAUGGUUGCUUCAUUAAGACUUUUUUGGGUGGGAUGUUAUUAUCAGCUAUUGGUAGAGAUGCAAACGAGCAAAUGUUCCCUUUGGCAUGGGCUAUCGUUGAGGGUGAGAACAAUGAGUCUUGGCAGUGGUUUAUAGCUGAGUUGAAAAAAGGGUUAUAUGCUACAGAUGCCACCGAUGGAGCUGGAUGAACUAUAAUUUCAGAUGAGCAUCAGAGUAAAUUGAGGGCAGUGAAUUUGGAGUUACUUGAAGUGGAGUACAGACAUUGUGCAAGGCAUUUAUAUGCCAAUUGGAACAAAGUAUUUAAGGGUGAGGAGUUAAAAUUACUCUUUUGGAGGUGUGCUAAGGCUUACAACAUGCCUGACUUGUUUGACGCAAUCAAGGACAUGGAGGAGGUGAAUCCCUUGGCAGCAGAGGAAUUCAAGAAGUUUGAUGUGAGGGUUUUCUGUAGACCAUAUCUGAAAAAAGAAAGUAAGUGUGGUGGUUGUUAAUUAGCAAUAUGGUUGAGACCUUCAACAAUUAUAUUAUGCGAACUAGGUCGAAGCAUUUGAUUGACAUGCUCAAGGAAAUAAGAACUAUAUUAAUAAAGAGGUUGGUGACGAAGAGAGAAGAGGCAAACAAAUGGGCAGGGUUAUUAUGUCCUAAAAUUCAAAAGCUUUUAGAGAAAGAAAAGGGGUACUUGAAGGAAUUCAUUUUUGAUGAAUUUGAAGGAAUUUUACAAAAUUUGAAGUGGGUUUAAUUGAUUUUCUCUCACCUAAAUUUUUUGGUUAAAAAUGGGGUACUUCCAUGCAUGUGUUCUAAGGAGGAAGAAGGUUGUUUUAUAAAGAAGAAGGGCUCUUUUAUAAAGAAGAAGAGUUGUAGAAGAGGUAGCGGCUAGCGGUAAUUUGCAAUUGCCGGUUUAAGGUUGUAGGGUAUGCUGGCAGCAACAAAACGUAAAAGGUUGGAUUAUUUAACAAUAAGUCAAAGGUCUGAUUAUUCCUAGUAGAUGACUUAAAGGUUAGAUUAUUUAUAUCAAUUUUUCUACAAUAAAAUACUCAUCCGACGCCUUUUUAUUAAUCCUAACAUAAAUAGUACUCCCCUGUGAAAUUUUUAUAAGGAAUGUUCAUGAAAAUUGAGAAAAAUAAAUUUUUUAGAUAAUGGAGGUAUUAUUUUAUUGAAUAACAAAUUUAAUGGUGAUAAAGGUGGGGAUUAUAAAUCAUAAAUAUUAAAAAAUAUUAAAAGAAAGUGGAAAAAAUAUAGUAACCACCACAACUAAUAAAAAAAUAUUUUUAUAAAGUUAAUGGAACAUAAGAAAUAUAAAAAUGUAGAAAUAAAGUUACUAGAAGAUAUGUGGGGAUAUAAGCUUUAUUAAAAUAUCAAAAUGAAAAUGAGUAAGGUUAUUUUUGUUCAAAAUUUAUAAUUUAAAUUGAAAGAUUCUUUACGGUACCAACAAAUGAAACAUCUCCCAAAAUGAAAAGUGGGAAUUUCUAUUUUUUUUCAACUACAAUAAAAAAGAUUCUCAAACAAAGAAAGCUAGUGACUAAAAUGAGAGGGUGAAAUUCGACUUUGAGAAGGGGCAAGUUCUUAAUCAGAGCCGCCUAUGAGUUCCUAAUUGCGGGUGAACCUAAGGUCAGUUAGGGGAUAUCAUGAUCCGAAACCGUGCUACCCCGAGUGCGUAUGGCUUGCUAUGCAAAACUGCUUGGCUACGAAAGAUCGGCUAAUCCGAUGGAUGACAGAUUGUCAUUCAGAUUGUGCCUUGUGUAAUGGGGGAUCUGAGUCUUUGAAUCACCUGAUGCUCAAGUGUCCAGAUGGCAGAGAGAUCUAUGAUGGUGCGUUUAGCUAUUUAGAAAAAGUUUGGGAAGUGGAUACCUUUGAGGAAGAAAUAAAAUUGAUAAACAAAAUUAAUCGUAAGAAUACAGAUAAAGCGAAGCUGAUUGUGAUUUGCUAGAAUGAGAUGAUCAGUGGUAUUUGCUUCAGCGCAACCAGAUUAUGUUUGCUUCGAAUACUCCUUUGAUUUCAAAGAAAAGUUUAUAAUCAUAUGCGAGAGUUACUUAUUAGGUGAGAGGAUUUUGUUUGUGGUGGGCUUGCCUUUUGUGUAGCUUUCUGUUGGUUGUAGUCGGUUAGUCUGCUUUGCAGGGAUGCUUUGCUUGGAAAUUGGAAUCAUAACAAGCCAAGCUUUUUUUGUACUUCUCCUUUUUGGUAUAUAAAUAUACUUAUAUUUGCCAAAAAAAAAAUCCUAAUCCUCCUCAUCCCACCCCAUAGUUUAAAUUUGUUGCCCUACCAAAUUUGUACAUUGCCCUAUCAAAUUUGUCUAAUUUUUAUUUUAGUUUAUCCUUUUAAAUAUGUUCGAUUUUUUUAUUUAUAGUCAUGACUUAUAUUUUUUCGUUAAUUCUCAUCUUCACAUUUAAUUAUAUUUCAUCGCAUCUUCCACUUUUCCAUUAAAAUUAAGUUUUACCUUUUGACUCGCUUAUCUUUAAUGCCUUGGAGCAAAUUUGAUGGGACGGUGAGGGUAUAUAAGAAGCUAAAAAUGGAAAUAUUUAGUGAAAAAUAAGUAUUAAUUAUAUAUUAUUUUUUGUGUGAUUUAUAUUAAAAUUAUAAGAUAAUUCUUAUUUGUAAAUAAAGUUAAUGCUUAUUUGUUGUCAUAAGGGUUGUAUAUAUCAUUUUCCUUUUAAUUAUCAUUCAUACAUUUUACAUCUCUUUAAUCUAACUAUCAUUCACGUAAUUUAAAUUUUUUGUCUUAUUUUCCAAACUAUUAAAAUGCUCUUUGAUAUUUGUGUUAAAUAUCAAGUAGCAAAUUUUAAGAGACACAAUAUAUGUUUUCACAUGUUAGAAUUGCUUGUUGGUGAAAUUAAUUUAGUAAAGCUCAAAUCUAUGGCGCCAUGGAAGAUGUUUGGUUGUGGCGUGGUUCAAUUGGGUUGUUUGACUAACUGAGAACAUUACAUUUUGUAGGUUAGUUGUUAAGUCAACUAUAUAAGUUUGAUAUUCAUGGAGAUGUUUGCAAAUUACAUUGUUGAUUGUUAGCAGUUUAUUGGAAACGUCAAGUAGUUAAACACAAUAGAAAAAGUUGUCCAUAAUAACUUUUUCAUUUUUAGCUUAAGUCGACUUAAAAGUCCUUAAACAUUUAUCACUUCUUCCUCAAGAGAUACAUGAGAAUUCAUUAUAUUUUAGAGAAUUAGACUUGUAUCUCAACCCUAUUGCUUUGAUAGGUCAUGAGCUCAACAGCUUAUGGCUUUACUUCCAAAUAGACUUGGUUAAUGGGACGGGUCAGGACGAUUUAAGGCGAACCAAUAGAUGUAUUUGCAGGUAAUGGUUAAAUAUAUUUAAACCGAGUCGGUGGCUAACCUUUUAUCAUAGUAGGAAUUUUAACAAAAGAUCUAAAUAUACAAUAAACAUUAAUGAAAGUGUAAGCUUAAACAUUACAAUUUAACAAAAUUUAACUACAAAGUAUACAAAUCAAAAUAAAUCUCUAGUACUUAGCUUUGAUUUGAACAAAAACAACAAAAUUCUCGAGUUACAACACAAAAAUUUUGUCAAUAAGGCGAAAAAGACAAAGAUGAUGAAAACCUAAUAAAAAAGUCAAAAGCUAAAUAGCCCAGUCCGACAAGUUCCCUCGAGGAGAAUAUAAUGUUUUGUGCGCUAGCCCAAUCCCUUAGGCCAUUGUUGAUCGGGCAGCCAAGCCGGCCUAGCCCAACAGCAUAACCAUAGUCCUAUCCCACACACGAGUUUGCCUAGAGCCUAAAGUGCCUGACUGCUUGGACGAAUGGUUUUCCAAUCGGGCGGCUCUAUACAAAGUCUAUAACAUCGUUUUCUCCCUUUCUUCAUUUUAUCCGCCUACCCCUAUGAAUUUAUUUUUACGUUUACUUCUAACAUGCCCUCUUUUCUCCUAUUUCGGCCUUUUUCCCUACAGAGCCCACAUAGAAUAUUACUUUGAAACUUUAGAAAAUAUGAAACAAAUAAGCAAAAAAUUGUAAAAAAAGUCAAAUUAUAGCAAACUUUUGAAAAUAAUUCCCAAAGUAAGCAGUUUUUUCCUAGACUUGAGGUUUGGGGAUGUUCGCACUGUAACAACGAACAAAGGCAGAGGAUUCAAAAAAGGCAAA